CUUGCGGUCCGUACAAAUAUAUGUACGUACACUCCACGAGUUCUGUUUGGAUGAUGAAUCACUGAAUCACUGAAUCACUUCCUACUAAGGUAGAAUUACCGUACCACCAGCAAUAUGUAUCCCCAACUCUCAAGAUUUCGUGUUUCUUUUUUAAAUAACUAUUACGAGUAGACGUCUGUCAUCAGAAACAACAGAACAGAAAGAAUGAAUGUGGGAAGCAUAUUUAGACGAUACACAUCCCUCCUUUGUUUCCUCCCUCCAUCUUACGGCUACCGACUUCCGUUCAUCGCAGGAACUACUACAACACCAGCAACAAGAACAAGAAGCAGCAGCGCCACCACACAACGCAAAAUGACCACUUCCGGUGACAGCAGCAAGAGCACCACCGCCCACACGGCUCUCUCCGAAAUCGACGACGACGGGGCCUUCAGGCGAACGGCGUCCAGUUUCACCUCGACCAUCGAAGUAGGCGGUCGAUUCGAGCCAGAAGCCAAUCGUUACCAUCUCUAUGUUGCCCUCGCCUGCCCCUGGGCUGCAGGAACCCUGGCAGCUCUGAAGCACAAGGGUCUAGACUCCAUUGUUGGCUACUCAGUCGUCCACCCUACCUGGAGAAGGACGAGGCCGGAUAUCGAGGGCGAUGAACAUUGCGGAUGGCACUUUGCCAAUCCCGGUGAUCCCCCCGUUCAGAACUCGAACGGAUACGGCUCCUUUGACUGCGACGACGCCCUGAUUCCCGACAGAGUGAACGGCGCGAAGACAAUCCGCGAUCUAUAUGAAAUGGCGGGGGAUACGAGCGGGAAAUACUCAACGCCACUGCUCUGGGAUAGGAAAGAAAAGACAAUUGUCAACAAUGAAUCCAUGCUAAUCUUAAAGAUCUUCAACGAGGCCUUUUGCAAUCUGCUGGGCUCAGAGGGCGAGGACACAGACCGGCCCAACCUCUUUCCACCAGACCUGCAAUCUCAAGCGGAGGAAUGGAACGAGCUGAUCUACAACGCUGUCAACAACGGCGUAUACAAGUGUGGCUUUGCCACGUCGCAGUCCGCCUACGAAACGGCGCACAGUGAGCUCUUUGCUGCACUGGACAAGCUCGAGGCGCACUUUGGGGAAUCAGGCCACACCUUUUUGAUGGGAGACACGCUCACAUGGCUCGACAUUCGCCUAUACUGUACGCUCGUGCGCUUCGAUCCCGUCUAUGUCAUAUACUUUAAGACGAGCCACAAACGCAUUGGCAGCGAUUAUCCCAACCUUCUCAAGUUCGUGCGCGCCUGUUAUCGGGAAGCCGCGAUCCGAGACACGACGAACAUCAAGCACAUCAAGAUGCACUAUUUUACGUCGCAUCCCGCCCUCAAUGCGUACGGCAUAAUUCCUGUAUCAAACGGACCGCCGCUCGAGACUAGCACGGAGGGGGAGCACCAAUAGGCACCGAACCGAAACGGCGCGAUGCAAUGCGUUGAAAUGAAAUGUAUGCGACGGAUCGAUCCACCGUGUGAUGAGAACAAAACGAAAGCAGCAAUUGCUAAUAUGCACUGCACAACAUAUUAGAAGUACUACGUAUUAUUUUUGCUUCGAAGUAUUAAAAUUCGACUACUACAAGGUGUGGUAAGCUGGUAUUUCCCUGUCUGAUCAAACCACCAAAACAUAUCUCCGAUGUUCACAGAUCAGGAGUACUAGUCUAGUACUUCUCCUUUGCUACCAACUCCUCAAUCAGUCUGGUAACCUUUGCAUGCAAGUUAGACAUUGCAUUGGAAUUCUUCUUUGCUGCCUCUAGGUCUUUAACCUGCUGUUGUCUUGUUUCCUUCCUUGCUUCAGCAAAAAAUAGUCGUCACUGUUUAGUAUGUCAUCUUUGGUUAAAAUAAAAUGCUCAUUUGAAU